CAUGCCCAUUAUUGAGCCGGUCAAAGCUUUUUUGAGCCGGAGGGCAGGAACUUACAAUCUGGGACUUUGUCUAGACACCUCCGGUCUCCUAUAAGAUAGACCUCCGCUCCGUUCCCUCUCCCAUCCAAUCAGUUUCCAAGGUAAACCAAGCGGAGAGACCAAGGUAGACGACGAUGGCGGUGUUGGUGGAGCUGACCAAGGAGUACGGCUACGUGGUGCUCACCGUGGUCGCCUACGCCUUCCUCAACUUCUGGAUGAGCUUCCAGGUCGGCGCCGCUCGCAAGAAGUACAAGGUGUUCUACCCCACCAUGUACGCCAUCGAGUCGGAGAACAAGGAUGCCAAGCCCUUCAACUGCGUCCAGAGGGGGCACCAGAACUCGAUUGAGAUGAUGCCGCUCUUCUUCGCCACGCUACUGCUCGGUGGCCUGCAGCACCCGGUCAUCGCCGCCGUGCUGGGGCUCCUCUACACCGUCGCCAGAUUCUUCUACUUCAAGGGCUACGCCACCGGCGUCCGGGAAAGCCGCCACAAGCUUGGGAGUCUCAACUACCCGGCGAUAUUCGGACUGAUCAUCUGCACGGCGUCGUUCGGCAUCAACCUUGUAAUCAGGGAGGCGAUCUAAGGUUCCGGACUGAUGUGCUUGACUUGAUAGGCGUUGUGACUCGAGUCAUUUAGACGUGGUGGUGUCUUUUAUAGUGUCCAAAAAUGUGUGUGCGUCUGUUUUACUCUUCGGAGAAUAAGCAUGGAUGGAGACGGUUUGUAACAUCGAGGUUUUAGGUUUUGCAGUACAACUUUUGAUUCGGUUUCGUAAA